GUAAAUUAAAAAAAAUAUCUUGAGUAAAAUCUUCAAUUAUUAUAUUAAUUUUUAACAAAAAAUUCUAAUAAUAUUGCUUGUGUUUGACGAAUAAUGCUUUUUUUAUUAAUCUUUUUCCAUAAACUUGACACUUAUUUAUGUCGUGUCAAUGUCAUUACGAUAUGCCACUAGUGCCACUUGUCUGUGGUCCUUUCAAUUGUUGAAGAAUUUCAUUUUCACAUUUUAUUGUCAAUUUAAUUCAAUAUAAUAAUAUCUACAUAAUUUUUGGAUAUACAUUAAUUGUUUAAAGUAAUGACUAUGACUGAAUAUAGUUCAGCAGGAGAAACGCCACAUUUUGUAGCGCCUAUUAUCCAAGAUAAUCAAACGGGAUGGGGACCAUCCGAAGUUCCAGAUCAAUUUAAAGAUAUGCCCUAUCAACCUUUCAGCAAAGGAGAUCGAUUAGGUAAAAUUAGUGAUUGGACAGGAGCUGCAUUUCAGGAUAAAAAAUACGCUAAUAAAUACGCUUCCCAAUUCGGCUCAGGUAGUCAAUACGCUUAUUAUCACGACGAAGAUGAGACUACCUUCCAUUUGGUGGAUACCACGAGGGUUCAAAAACCACCCUAUCAACGAGGUAGAUUCAGAGGUAAUCAACGUAAUUUACGAGGUAGAGGAGGUAGAACUAACAUUCAAAGUGGCGGUAUGCAAGCUUUAGGUAAGGGCGUUAAAGCCCGUGAUACCUAUAAAAGGAGCCAAGUUAAGCGUUGGGGGCAGGGUAGACCUCAAAUUAAAAUUAGAGAUGCCUCAGUCACCGUCAAACCUGAUUGGAGUACUAUUGAAGAAAUGGACUUUCCUAGGCUUGGAAAGUUAUCUCUUCCCGGUAUUAAAGAUGGAGAGGAUAUUUUAUGUUGCGGUGAAUUGGAAUAUUAUGAUAAAUCUUAUGAUAGAGUUAAUGUCAAAAAUGAGAAACCUCUACAAAGUGUUAACAGAAUUUUCCACACCGUAACUACUACGGAUGAUCCCAUUAUCAGAAAAUUAUCUAAAACCGAGGGGAAUGUUUAUGCUACAGAUGCUAUUUUAGCGACUAUUAUGUGCUGUACACGCUCGAACUAUUCUUGGGAUAUUGUCAUUGAAAAAAUCGGCGAUAAAUUAUUCUUCGAUAAAAGAGAUAAUACUGAAUUUGAUUUGCUUACUGUUAAUGAGACUUCGGUAGAACCUCCUCAAGAUGACGGCAAUUCUUUGAACUCACCAAGGAAUCUAGCUCUGGAAGCUACAUUUAUUAACCACAAUUUCAGCCAGCAGGUACUGAAAAUUGGUCCAAAUGAGCCUCGUUAUAAAUUUGAUGAACCGAAUCCGUUCAUAUCUGAAGAAGAAGAAGGGGAAAUUGCAAGUGUAGCUUAUAGAUACCGAAAAUGGGAUCUUGGUGGUGGAAUUAUAUUGGUAUCUCGUUGCGAACACGAUGCCGUUGUUCAAUCACCCAAUGGCGAGCUACAAUUCCUGACUAUCAAAGCUCUAAACGAAUGGGAUUCCAAAUUGGCGAAUGGAGUCGAAUGGCGACAGAAACUAGAUACUCAACGAGGUGCUGUUUUGGCCAACGAACUUCGCAACAACGCUUGCAAAUUGGCCAAAUGGACGGUGCAAGCGCUUUUAGCGGGUAGCGAUCAAAUCAAAUUCGGUUACGUUUCCCGUGCUCAGGUUAGAGAUAACAGCAAACACGUCAUAUUGGGAACACAACAGUAUAAACCUCACGAAUUCGCUACACAGAUUAAUUUGAAUAUGGAUAACGCUUGGGGUAUAUUGAGAUGCAUCGUGGAUAUAGUGAUGAAACAAAAAGACGGAAAAUAUUUGAUAAUGAAGGAUCCCAAUAAACCGAUGAUUCGUUUAUAUGAUAUUCCUGAUAAUACCUUCGAAUCGGACGGGGAAACUGAAUCGGACGAUGAAGUACCGGAAAAUUCGAACGCUUUUCCUUUAUAUUCUUACAACACUAAUUCCAAACGUUGAGAAAUCAUUAUGUUCGUUAAUUAGUGUUCAAUUGUAUAUCGAAUGCGAUAUUAUAUUAAAUUGAUUGCUGAUUGACGAUUUUGUAUACCAUUUAUGACAAGAUAUACAAUAAUCAGAAUUUCGUUA